GGUCAGGAAAGUUGCAGCCUUGAACUGCGAGAAAAUUUCAGAGCCAAGGACCGGUGGACAGGAAGAAACAGGAAGGGGAUAGCGGCAAGUUCUUUCUGACACCUGCACCGCAUCGUUCGUUGUAUCGCAUUUAUGUGACGCUCAAGUUCACUCAUAUUAAGAUCUGAUAACAUUUUAUUUUAAAACAAACAUGGCACAGUCUGAUCAUAAGAAAUUCUUCGAGAAUCUCUCCGGCGCUGGGAAAGCCAUCGCCGUGCUGACGAGUGGAGGGGAUGCUCAAGGUAUGAACGCUGCUGUCCGUGCUGUGGUUCGCAUGGGAAUCUAUGUGGGAGCCAAAGUCUACUUCAUUCACGAGGGCUACCAAGGAAUGGUAGAUGGAGGGGAUAACAUAGAAGAAGCCACAUGGGAGAGUGUUUCAAGCAUGCUACAAGUGGGUGGGACGGUCAUAGGCAGCGCGCGCUGCAAGGAGUUCCGGACCCACGAGGGCCGCCUGAAGGCUGCCCACAACCUGGUGCAGCGGGGCAUCACCAACCUGUGCGUGAUCGGAGGAGACGGGAGCCUGACGGGGGCCAACCUCUUCAGGGAGGAGUGGAGCGGUCUCCUGGAGGAGCUGGUCGAGCAGGGUGACAUUGAUGGAGAGGCUGCACAGAAGUACUACGCCUUGCACAUUGUCGGAAUGGUGGGGUCCAUCGACAAUGACUUCUGUGGCACCGACAUGACAAUUGGGACUGACUCCGCCCUGCACAGAAUUAUCGAAGUUGUGGAUGCAAUCAUGACCACUGCUCAGAGCCACCAGAGGACUUUUGUGUUGGAGGUCAUGGGCAGGCACUGUGGGUACUUGGCCCUGGUGAGCGCUCUGGCCUGUGGAGCUGACUGGGUUUUGAUACCCGAGAUGCCCCCUGAGGAUGACUGGGAGGACCAGAUGUGUCAGAAGCUCUCUGAGAAUCGUGCAGGCAAGAAAAGGCUGAAUAUCAUUAUCGUAGCAGAAGGGGCAAUUGAUAAUAGCAACAAGCCCAUAACCACAGAGAGAAUUAAGGAUCUGGUUGUUCAGUGCUUGGGAUUUGACACCCGAGUGACAAUCCUUGGACACGUCCAAAGAGGCGGGACCCCCUCUGCCUUCGACAGAAUUCUGGCAAGUAGGAUGGGAGUGGAGGCUGUGCUUGCCCUGCUGGAAACCACAGCUAAUACGCCGGCCUGCGUGGUGUCCCUGUCCGGAAACCAGUCGGUCCGCCUGCCGCUUAUGGAGUGUGUGCAGAUGACACAAGAGGUGCAGAAGGCCAUGGAUGAAAAGAAGUUUGAGGAAGCAGUUAGGCUGCGUGGCAGGAGUUUUGAAAACAAUCUGAGAACGUACAAACUCCUGGCUCAUCGGAAGCCAGAGUCUGAGCUUCCCCAUAGCAACUUCAACGUGGCGGUGCUGAAUGUGGGCGCCCCUGCGGCGGGCAUGAACGCAGCGGUGCGCUCCGCCGUCAGGGUGGGCAUCUCCGAGGGGCACACGAUGUUCGCUGUCAGCGAUGGCUUCGAAGGGUUCUACAAGGGCCAGAUAAAGGAGGUCAAGUGGGGAGAUGUUGGUGGCUGGACUGGCCAAGGUGGAUCACUGUUAGGAACAAAACGAACACUUCCUGCAAAGCACGUUGAGAAAAUUGCUGAACAAAUGCGAAAACAUAACAUCAAUGCAUUGCUCAUUAUUGGUGGAUUUGAGGCUUUUGAGUGUCUGCUCCAGCUUAAUGACGCGCGGUCCAGCUUUGAGGAGUUUUGCAUCCCGCUCUGUAUGCUGCCUGCCACAAUUAGUAACAAUGUGCCAGGCACUGAUCUGAGUAUCGGAGCCGACACUGCUCUCAAUGCCAUUGUGGAGACGUGCGACCGCAUCAAGCAGUCCGCCAGCGGAACCAAGCGGCGCGUCUUCAUCAUCGAGACCAUGGGCGGGUACUGCGGGUACCUGGCCAGCGUGGGGGGCCUGGCCGCCGGGGCCGACGCGGCCUACAUCUACGAGGAGCCCUUCGACAUCCGAGACCUCCAGGCCAACGUGGAGCACUUGACAGAGAAGAUGAAAACAAGCAUCCAGAGAGGUUUAGUCCUAAGGAAUGAGAACUGCAGUGAAAACUAUACUACUGACUUCAUCUAUCAGCUCUACACGGAAGAAGGAAAGGGUGUGUUUGACUGCAGGAAGAACGUGCUUGGGCACAUGCAGCAGGGAGGUGCACCGUCCCCAUUUGACCGAAAUUUUGGGACGAAGAUAUCAGCUAAGGCCAUGCAGUGGAUCUCCAAGAAACUUAAGGAGACGUAUAGACAUGAUGAAGGGAGAGUGUUCGCCAACACGGAGGACUCGUGCUGCCUGCUGGGAAUGCGCCGCCGCGCCCUCAUCUUUCAGCCCGUGGUGCAGCUGAAGGACGAGACGGACUUUGUGCACAGAAUUCCGAAGGAACAGUGGUGGCUGAAGCUCCGCCCACUGAUGAAGAUUCUGGCCAAGUACAAGACCAGCUAUGACGUGUCCGACUCUGGCCAGCUGGAACACGUUGUGCGCAACAGGCCCAAGGAGUCCGACGCCUCUGCAAUCUGAGAGAACGGGCCCACAGGGUAUAUUCAUUCAGUGUAGAUGGGUUGUCUGCCAGAGUUCUAACAACAGCUGUGUCCAUUUUCGUGUUCCACCACUAUUUGUCGCAUUGUCAAAUCAUCUCGCCCUUGUUACAUAAAACACUAGCCUAGCAUCGCUGUAGUAAUUUUGUCCAGCACAACUUCUGGGAUGUGUCCACCGCUGGCCAGUACAGAAGACAGCCUGCCGUGUUACAGUCACCCAUCACUGUGUAACUGCACUUUCUCCAAACCGCACUUUUCUCCUAGAUUUUCUGGUGUUCCACAUGUGUCCGAGACUACUGCAAUACAAUCUUGUUGAGUAGAUGUUUUAAGUUUUAUAAUGUAAACAUUCAGAAUAAAUCUAAAUAUAUAUAUAUAUGUAUGUUUAAAAUACACCGAAAUAUGCUUAUAUUGACGUCAGUUGAAGACAAACUCGGUCUUAAAGACCAGUCACGGAAAUGAGAUGAGCCAAUAGAAUGUUUUCCUUAAAAAGGAUUAGUUCUUCUAGUAGUUUUCCUUUCAUUUAAUGUAUCCCAAAUAUGUGUAAAAUGUGUAACAGGGUGUAAUGGUUCACAAGUCCAUGGUUCUGUUUGAAUCAUUGUUUUUGGAUCAUGGUUCAUUUCAAUCCACAGGUAAAGCUUCAUGAACAACAUAAGAAACAAAACUGGAUUAAAUCAUUUACUUAACUGACAAAAGCAUAUAACACACCCAGAAGCAGAGUGGUUUGAAAAUCUAAUCAGACAACAUACAAUCUGAACCAUAAAUCUAUUACUCCCAAAUGUGCAAAUCCAAAUGGUUAAAACCAUGUGAAUCAUUACACCUCUAGUCAAGCGGUGUACACAUACUGCAAUAAUGUACAAUAGCAAGAACAAAACAAGGCUUCAGAAGAUACAUUCCAACAGCACAAGGAAAAUCGAAUGGGAUUAUAUAAACGAAAAUAGCAUUUAGAUAAACUGCUACGAUAUUUUACAUACAGUAGUUUAACAAGUAGAAGUGAAGGAUGCUCAGUACUUGGGAGCCGUGCUUGGGUGUCAAAGAUUAAGCACACGUGUUAUUUUGUGCAUAUUAACAUGUUUUGUUAUGGAAAUAGUGAUUUAUUUAAAAAUGUAAUUAAAGCUCUUUAUUUCAACAGUCA